UUGAUGGAUAAGUAUGACCUCAAGGAGCGUCUAGGCGUUGGUAGCUUUGGUGUGGUCUAUAAAGCUGUGAAUCGUACUAAUGAUGAAAUUGUCGCUAUCAAAAUAAUUGAUCUUGAACAGACAGACGAGGAUAUUCUACACAUACAGCAGGAGAUACAACAUUUGGCUGCAUGUCAAUCUGAUUAUGUGACAAAAUACUACGCGUCGUUUGUUGAUGGCUUCAAACUCUGGAUUGUAAUGGAACUUGCAGUUGGAUCCUGCUUGGAUGUGAUAAAGCACAAAGUGCAAAUACGCCAGGAGCAAGUUGCAACAAUUUGCAAAGAACUACUCAAAGGUUUGGAAUAUCUUCAUUCAGAGGGCAAGAUCCAUCGUGAUAUCAAAGCAGCCAAUGUUCUCUUAUCUGAGACUGGAGAAGUAAAGUUAGCUGACUUUGGUGUCGCUGCUCAAAUAUGUGAACGAAUGUCGAAAAGAAAUACUUUCGUUGGUACACCUUUCUGGAUGGCACCUGAAGUCAUCCAACAAACAGGAUAUGAUAUGCGAGCUGAUAUAUGGUCAUUGGGGAUAACUGCUAUUGAGCUCGCGACAGGAUUACCACCUUUAUCAGACUUCCAUCCUCUAAGGGUUCUUUUCCUGAUACCGAAAUCUGCUCCACCUGAAUUAGAAGGUGACCAUUUCUCUGACUCUUUCAAGGAUUUUGUUAAAGAAUGUCUCACAAAGGAUUUCCAAAGAAGACCAACAGCAACAGAAUUACUAGAACAUCCAUUUAUAGCAACUGCACACGACACUAGCAUACUCAAUCCACUGAUCGACACCCUCACGACGGGCGUUCCAUCAGCGAAGAACAGUCCAAACGCGGAUAAUGACGACGAAGACAGCGUUAAAUCUUUAAUUGACGAGUGGAAUUGGAGUUUCGGAACUCUUAAAGCAAAUGAAAUUGGUAAAGCCAACCACGUCGCUCGCAGUGAGAUAAGCCAGACAGAUAUGGCCAGAAAAUAUGCUGCGAUUGACUCAGAUAUGAGCAAUAAUCGGACGAUUUUCAGAAAAGGCUCGAGCGAUAUAUCAUACGCCCCUGAAAGAACUUGGAAUCGUCCAUCUACACCUGCGGAACAAAAACCAGAUGAAAACAUAGACAAGCAUCUCAAACAUCUCGACAAAAUGAUGGAUGAUACCUUCAAACCAAAAGAAAUAGCUUCUAUCAUGAUGCUUAAGAAUGGUUAUCGCGAAUUACACGAUUUGAACAGCAACCUGUAUAAACAAACAAUAUACCACAAUGGGUCAGCCCAACAGGAGGCUAAACCAUUACCCUACAAGACUAAUGAGAUAUCAGCUAUGUUGUUUGACAGAUGGACUGAGACUAUCACCCAGAAAUAUUCAUUGUAA